AUGUCCAGUUUAACGAAUUCCCUUGAUUUGCCAAGAUCGUUGCUGUGCAUUACGGAGGACAAUUCCAGUCACUGUCAGAAUCUAACGAUCAAGAAGGGUCUGACCAACCUUCUUUCGCAACGUAAUAGUCUAGCCAAAGACGAGCCACAUACGACUACACCUGAGCCAGGGCUCUUGCUUGGGUCAGGGUCGAAGAUAUUCACAUACAGGUGGCCCACUGGCCCAUUUUUAGAGGGGCUGCAACGGGUUUGUCUCGAUGCUAAUGUCAAGAGAUGCUCAAACAAAGAUUGCCUUGCUGUGAAGGCCAAGGCGAAAAACGCCCCCGCGUGUAACUGGGCAAGUUUCCGGGAAUGGGCUCUCACAAUUCUCGCUUGUCGAUUGGCCUCGUCCAAAGCCAAGGGCGACACAUCCACAGCAAUUACCAUGGCACUCAACUUUACUGAUUUCGCCCUUCAGUCAAGGGAAGAACCUUUCACGGAACUGGAAUCAGAAGUCUAUGAGGUUCUCAGCUGGCUUGCACAAGUUGACCAGGUGCAGGACUUUGAUAUAAGGAGAAAUAUACCUGAUGACGCGGUCUUCGGAGCCUUAGGAGUAGCGCGUUCUCUCGGAAUCUGUGAGAAUCGUCUCUGGAACCUGUCAGUGGCUACAGGGUACGAAAAGGACAUAUCUAUCCUUCUACGAGAAGCCCGCAAUGGAAAACUGAAUAAAGUACAUGACGGUAGUUUUCGCCAUCUACAUCAUGACAACUGCCCAGCGGAAUUCUGCUUUUUCAGUGACCAGGAUAGCACAAGUGUGGAGCAGCUCCAUAAAUGUCUAAGCAAACGAUGCGGCCUGCUUCAGUUUCCAUUGCACGAAGUUGAAACCAACAGUUGCUCUCGGACUUGGUGGCUUGGUGAUCACAGCACAAAGCCACACCCUCGCGCGGCUGGUGUUCCAUACGUCGCCAUUUCCCAUGUAUGGUCAGACGGUACAGGCUCUGGAGUUCAGAAAGAAGGCUUUGUCAACCGUUGUCUCUUUAGGUAUUUCAAAGAGGCCGUGAGAGAACUCGGUUAUGAAGCAAUUUGGUGGGAUACCAUCUCUAUUCCUAAAGAACCUGCAGCUCGCAGAAAGGCAAUUCGGAGAAUGAACCGUGACUUUCGCUCAGCAAAAUGUACCCUCGUGCAUGACCAGUAUCUUGUUGAUUUCCCCUGGGCUGAAGACGGCUCUCCCUGCCUCGCCAUUCUUCUCUCUCCCUGGUUCACCCGAGCCUGGACAGCACUUGAGUUGGCUUUGUCGCAUGAUGUUUGGGUGAUAUUCAAGGACCCCUGUAACAAGAACAAAAGAGUCAUCAAGGAUCUCCGGUCAGAGAUACUUGCUAUUGAUCGUGUCUCUUGUUCUCGGAGCCAUUUGAUCGCAUCCGACGUUGUUGACUCCGUCUGGAGACAGAAAUACGACUCAAUUUCCAGUAUUUUAUCAGUCCUUAAAACAAGGAGUACCUCAAAGGCACGAGACAAGCUCAUAAUUGCAGCUCUGCUUGCAGGUGUGCUUUCUACUCCGCAGGCAAGGGAUAACAUGACUGCAGCUAACAUGCCUGCCGAGCUCACCAAAGCCAUCCUUCGCGGACUUGGAACAAUCGAAAGCAAAUUUCUCUUUCACGGCCAUGCUACAUUAACACAGAAGGGUUCCUUCUCGUGGUGCCCGUUUGAUUUCCUGCAUGGCGCUGAUGUAUCCUGGUACAAGGAGCGAAAGGCAAAUAAUCAGAUUGAUGCGCAUGUCGAUGAGAACGGAGCUGUUAUCGGAAGGUUUGAAUAUAGGGCACUAAAAGAAGGGGAUGUGAAACACAUUUUUCCCAUGGGUUCACAUACAACUGUCGAUUACAAGAUAUCUGCUGCCCUGCAGAGAUGGGAGAAUUGUCUGCUGCUGUGGAGAGUUGAAGACCAGCAUCCAGCUCUCCUAGUCAAAACAGUCACAGCUGCUACAGUGACUCUUACCGAUAUCACUGUCAGCGUGAUCGACUCACUGUACCUCGGCACUGUUUUUACCAGCCUUGCUCCGAAAAAAGACGGAGAUAGGUUCAUGAUACUAGUCCGCUUGGGACAAGUCGAAGCCGAACCAGAAGUCUCAGCAGAUCAUAUCGGGAACAGCUUUUUCCAAAUGAGACCGCGGUUUGAAGACUUCAUAAAAGAACUGCGAAAUUCUCGAGAACAAAGUUCGUCUCUUCGUCGGGUCUUGCUAAAAUGGAGCAACGCCUUGGGUGGGCUCAGCAGGCCUACUCAAACGUCCACCCUUACGAUGGAACAAAGUGGGCAGACUGAGGACCCUAAUACACGGCUAUCCGCCAGGACAUAG